AUGGAGUCAACUGCUUUGAGUGAGAGGAUGGCCCGAUGGCAGAUCUUACUGUCUGAAUUCGAUAUUGUCUACGUGAGCCAAAAAGCUGUGAAAGGGAGUGCAAUUGCUGACUUUCUAGCUAGUAGAGCUCUGGAGGACUAUGAGCCGUUGAGUUUUGAUUUUCUAAAUGAAGAUUUGAUGUGUAUAGCGGCUAUGGAAGAAAAUUCACAAGAAUGUUACAGUUGGAGGCUAAACUUUGAUGGAGCCUCGAAUGCUGUGGGCAAUGGAAUUGGGGCAGUCCUAGUGUCCCCAAAUGGUGAUCAUUAUCCUUUCACUUGCAAAUUGGAUUUUGAUUGUACAAACAACAUGGCAGAAUACGAAGCAUGCAUCAUGGGUAAUCGUGUGGCUAUAGAGCGAAGAAUCAAAGUGUUAGAGGUCUAUGGAGAUUCGGCAUUGGUGAUAUAUCAGCUCAAGGGUGAGUGGGAAACGAGAGAUCCCAAAUUAAUCAGUUAUCGAAAGUUGGUCCUUGAAUUGAUUAAAGAGUUUGAGAACGUCACUUUUUGCUAUCUCCCACGAGAUGAAAACCAGAUGGCCGACGCACUAGCUACUUUAGCCUCCAUGAUUAAGGUGAACAGACAUGAGGAUAUGAAGCCUAUCCAAAUGAGUAUCCAUGAAGACCCGGCUCAUUGUUGUAAUAUCGAAGAAGGGAAAAUCGAUGAUAGUCCUUGGUAUCAAGAUAUACUACGAUAUGUAAAAAAUCGUGAGUAUCCUGGCCAGGCAACGAAGAAUGAAAAGAGAACUCUGAGAAGGCUAGCCAUUGAUUACGACUUAGAUGGGGGGAUCUUAUACAAGAGGGGAAAAGAUCAGGUACUGUUAAGAUGUGUGGAUGCCGUGGAAGUAAAGAAAAUCCUGGAAGAAGUCUAUGAGGGCAUCUGUGGAACGCAUGCCAGUGGGUUCACAAUGGCUUGA